AUGGGAAAAGUCACGGUUUUCUGCAUCAUAUCUGGCUGCACUCCUGAGAGUGCCGACAACCUCUCGGCAUAUACUGAAUAUUACGCGGACAGCUAUGAAUAUGAACAAGACGAAGACGAGGAAGCGGACAAGCUUAAUAGAGAUGAGGUGGACGACUCCAGAGGAAAGUUGGGCCCUCUUACCUUGCAAGCUAUACGCGAGUUGGCCGAAGAGGAGGAAGACAUCAAUGAUGUGACAGCCAUAGGCGACUUCGUGAAAGCGCCUCAGCAAGACCCCGGUGGCGGAAUCCCCAAAGCCGAGGCGCUCGAAAUACCCGACUCAGCGAUUACCGUCCUGCGACACUGCAAAGCCGGCGGUGACUGGGAGUUUGGCUCCGUCGAUGGUCUCGGAAACAGCAGCUACCUCGUCUCGUUUGGCGUGCUCAUCAUGGUGCAAGACUUUGCACUGCCUAUCCUCCACCUCGCGACGCGCGGACGCGUGACGCCGCAGCGCCUAUGGCGCCUCGCAAUGCAUCAAGGGCACUCAGACCUUUCAGGCGGCGGGUCAUCGGGGCUAGAUGAUGUCGAUUAUGGCGAGAUCAACGACGAGCGCGAGCAGUUCCCGCUGCCGAUUCCAAACAUGAAAUGUAGAGAGGUGAAAGAGCUGGAGAAAUUUGGGGAUGUGCAGAAGAUCAAGGAUGGAAUCGCACAGCGAGGAGGGUAUUGGAUGUGGAUGCGGGCUGAUAGGUUUCCGCUAGGUAAUAUCGGUGAAGGGAGUAUUCCGUCUUUCGCAUCUCCUAACGUUCCGCCAACCAGCGCCAACGCAUCCGCGGUCGAGAAACUCCCACUCGAACUUCUCCACAUGAUCGUGCUAUUGGGUCCGCUCACAUCCCUACUCUCCCUCGCAUCCACCUCUCGCUCAAUGCGCUCCAUCCUCUUCGGCUCCGAAGACAACUGCAACACACUCGCAAUAGCGUGGAUCACACAUAACGCGCCGUGGUUCGUACCCCCCACCUCAGAUAUGGAAUCACAAGACGAGAUGCACAAGAUACAACACGCGUGGACGUACCUGCAAAGGUGUUGCACGAGUCCUUCGAUGCGGAACAGGGCGAGGAUUUGGAAGGUCGCAGAGAGGAUCGAAGACGUUGCGGUGCAGAGUGGUGUAUGA